AUGUUAAAUAAUAACUUAACCAUCUUAAUAAUUUCGCUUCUUGUAUUUUGCACAGUUAUUAGUGCCAAUUUACACCACGGUAGUCCGGGAGAGUUACCAACAAACUGUGCUGAAGCAUUAAUUAAUUUUAAAAAUAGUGGCAUCUAUCAACUACAUUUACCUAAAUCAGGACUUCAGCCAUUUUACGUAUAUUGCUUAAAAGAUCCAAACAAUGGUCCAGGUUGGACAAUUAUUCAAAGACGUCAGGACGGUUCCAUAAAUUUUAAUCGCAAUUGGGAUGAUUAUAAAUAUGGUUUUGGUAAUUUAGAAGGCGAAUUUUUUAUUGGAUUAGACAAAUUACAUGCUUUAACCAAUAAUGGAGUUCAGGAGCUAUGGUUUCAAUUAGAGGAUUUUGAAAACGUAACUCGUUCAGCAUUUUAUAGUAGUUUUGCCAUUGAUGAUGAAAAGUCGAAGUAUGCUUUAAUAAUUUUGGGAAAAUAUUCUGGUAAUGCAGGGGAUUCUUUCAUGAUCCACGCUGGUUCGAAGUUUUCAACGAAAGAUAGCGAUAAUGAUGAAUGGGAGAGAAGUUGUGCAGCAGUCUACACAGGUGCUUGGUGGCACAAGGAAUGUCAUCAAAGUAACUUAAAUGGACAAUAUUUACGCGGAGCGUACGGAAAAGAUAAACCGGCACAAGGUAUUAACUGGUAUACUUGGCAUCACCAUUUCUAUUCGCUCAAAUAUACUCACAUGGCAAUUCGUCAUGUUACCAGAUAA